ACAGUAUGUUGUUUGCCAUAUAGCGUCUGUUCGCAUUGAAGGUCGCACAGCUUUUUCUUUCGAUUUCAAUUCGACGAACUUUGUUAUUUUUGACAGUCAUUGACGUGUCUGUCUUGACAUAAGUUUGUUAAUCCUAAGCCAGAGGUCUGUGUCCUGAGGAAGCUACAUGCCAUGAGUAACAUACAACAGAUUCCACUGGUUCCAGGGCACGCUGCCAUUCUGAAAAAGUGUCAAAGUGCCUUUUGCCAUGCUGUUAAAGCAAAAUUUAAUUGCAUGGCUAUUCUCCACAACAUGGAAGAGGCUGGCUCCUUUGGUAGUAACAGUGGUGUCUUGCGUGCUGAGAAGAGGUACUCCACAAAGCUGUCCAACCGAGUGGAAAUAUCAAUCUGGAAAGAUGAUCUUACCCGUCAUCAAGUGUAUGCUGUGGUCAAUGCAGCCAAUGAGAAGCUUAACCAUACAGGAGGUCUUGCACAAGCCCUGAGUGAUGCUGGGGGACCAAUGAUCCAGAAAUGGAGUGAUGAUAUUAUACAGCGAGUGCAAAGAGUGAAAACCGGUGAUGCUGUGCUCACUCCUGCUGGAAAUCUCCCAUGUAAAUAUAUCAUACAUGCUGUUGGUCCCUGCUUGGCUCCAAACCCAAACAAGAAGGAUAUUGAUCGAGCAACACCCUUCUUAUAUAAUGCUAUCUUUAGAAUUCUAGAAAUAGCUGUAAUACAUAACAUUUCCUCUGUUGCUAUUCCUGCUCUGAGUUCUGGCCUUUUCCAUUUUCCAAGAGAUCUCUGUGCAGACAUUAUUAUAAAGGCUAUAAAGCAGUUCCAUGACUUGAAUGGGUUUCAAGGCAAGAACUUAGAAAUCCAUCUUGUUAAUAAUGAUGAACCCACUGUCCAAGAAAUGGAGAGAGCCACUAGAGCGAUUUUAGGUCCACCCAGCAUCUCUGCCGUGGAUCUCUACAGUGGAGCUUUGCAUUUGAAAACAUGGAGUAAGUCCCAAGUAUACAAUGCCAUGGCAACAAGCUUUGCUUCUGCAGCCAAAGAAACCACAGCAAAUGAAACACCCACUGUUGAGUUCCACAGUGUCUCCAAGGAGGCUGAGAGAGAGGCAAAAGUAUGGGCAUUUAAUAUGCUUAAGCAAUCAGAUAACAUGACAAUAAGGAAUAACCAUGUCAUAUACCUUGACCAGAGAGACCAUGAAAACAUGCUUUCUCUUCAAGCCAAGUUUCGUGUUCACAUCAAGAAGUUUUUAAGGAGUGGUAAUGGUGGCAUAACCAUCACUGGAAGUCCUUCAGAUGUCAGCUGUGCAGCAAUUGAGGUGGAGUCCAUGCUUUGUAAGGCCCAGGAGGACUUUACUGAAGCUGAAGAAAAUUACAUUCUGUAUUCUGUGGUUCGCUGGAGCUGUGAAGAUGAACCUUGGAUACAAACACCUGAAAUCAGUGCAGUUUUGGAGAAAGCUUAUCUGGCAGGGAGUAAAGAAAUUACGUUCAGCAACCACAAAGUCAGGUUUAAGUCCAUGGUUUUGAUUGACGACAAUGGAGGAUUUAGCGCAGUGAAGAGGACAUGCCUGUUGGAUCCUUUUGAGCCUCUUACAAAUUCAUUUUAUGCAAGAACUCCUGUGAGCAGCAAGGACUAUUUGGACAAAGAAGGAAGGAGAACCUUGGAGGCUUUUGGGUUCCGUAUCGUCAAGGUGGAGAAGCUAGAGAACAACGCACUGAAGCAGCUGUUUGACAAAAAUGAACAGAGAAUGAAAGACAAACCGAGGCGCCUCUACCAGCGUGUGUCAGCUCAGUUCUGUGAUCUCAUCUGUAGAGUAGGCUUUCAGAAAGAGUUUGCUCCUCCUGCAGGUAACACAAAUGUGAAGACAUUGAGAAUAAUAAUUAGGUUUUUGUGUUCUUUUCUGAAGGCGUUUCUUGUAAAAGGAGCUGAAGGCGUUUCUCCUUCCAAGGAGCAGGAACAUGAGCAGUACAUCUACAUCAUUCAGGCCCGGGUCCUCACUGGGAAAUCCACGGAUGGUUUUCCACAUUCUAUUUUGUCUCCUAACAAAAAACAAGCCCCUUUGAAUCGUUAUGAUUGCUUGUCUGACAGGGGACAUGUCAUCUUCAGCAGUCAACAAGCUCUUCCUGAAUGCCUGAUCAUAUGUGACAAACUGACCGCUGUGUAGCUGCUCACAGAAAUAUGCAAUAACAAAGCACAUUAAAAAUAUUGUCAUAUCAGCGUAAAAAGUCAUAACACAACAAAUACAGAAAUUUACAAAUGUAAAAUAAAGGUCUUUAUAAUAAUUAGUCUACAUCAUAUUACUGGAUGACUGAUGGUAAUAUAUGCUGGUGAAAAUUAUUAUUAUUAUUAAUUUUUUUUUGAUGUGCUAAACCUGCUUUAAUGUAACCAACUUUGACUAGAAUUGCUCCUUCUUUCUUUCAGACAGUUUCUCACAGGUCUUGCUACUGUACUGCUGUUACUCUUAACAUUUGCAUGAAAUUAUUUUGUUUUUAAUAUGAAGACAUUUAUAAAUAGGGGUGGGCGAUAUGACCAAACUCUUGUAUCACGAUAUGAGUAAUUUUAUAUCACGAUAAUGAUAUAUAUCAUGCAUAUCAUGAUAUAGUAAUUUUUGCCUUAAGAUUUUUAUGAUAUCAAAAUUUUUCAUACCAUUGAAAUUUCAUAAUUCUUAUCACCAAUUUCAAUAUCAUUUAAAAAUUUAAUACUAGCCUAAAAAACUCUCAAGCUUACUGAAGACAAAUAAACAGUGAUAAAGAAAGAGCAAAGAAAACAAACUACAGUAGAACAAAGACAGACGAAACAGACCUACCUGAAAAACUUCAAGCACUAGAAAAUGUCAAAGGUCAAAGGUCAAAGUCAAAGGUAUAAAAAACAAUGCAUAGUCUUUACUGUGUAAAUUAAAUAUACAUUUAUUCUUAUUAAGGUUACAAAAGCAAGCAGUGAGAGAUUUUCUCUCUUUUUUUCUUUCUUUUUUUGUUUUGUUGUUUGAUUAGCAUAAUGACAGCAGGUAAAUUUGGAUGCUAUGCUGUCCGUUUAAGAAUGACUGCACCGAUCCAUUAUACUCAAGCCUUGUCUUUCUCAACUGUACUCAAUUAAGACAUAAAUGGCUCUGUUUACUUGCAAAUACGUGGUCACUUUGACAUAUAGGCAUGUGUAUUUAACCGUUAAAGCCCAAUUAUGCAGCAAAAAGCACUCAGUUCAGUCCUCACGCGCUCUAUGAGCAGCGGCUUCAUGUCGCGACGGCGCUGAGAAACAGUCUCUCAGAGAGCGCGUGCAUAUGCUGAAAUGGGUUGUCUUUCGCUGCUAAUUGCGCUUCAACGGUUUAAAACCGCUUGCUUUUAAAACGCAAUGCUUAAAAACUCGUGCAAAUGAUAAAGCUUUUGUGACCGCGCAGCAUAGCAACCUCACUUGCGUAACCGCAACAGAGACGAUAGUCAAAAAUCUCUGCCGGUUGACAAAUUUCUACCCGCUAAUCGUGUUUACCAGUUUACCCCCAUCCCUACUUAUUGUCCAUAAAAUAAUUUAAUAGCUUAAUAACAAUUUAACAUCCAGCACGUCUCUAAUUCGCGAUCGCUUUCUGAGAGGUUUCUGUCCGCGCACUUUGGCAGUGUGCCAGUCAGCACGAGCGCUGCACCGAGUUUCUUUUCAGGAUAUAUUGCGCUCAUAACUCUUUAACAUCAAGCACGUCCCGCUCUUUAUAUCCUUAUUCAUGCAUUUCAUUACUCUGAAGUGUCAAUAGAGCAAUAUAUAUAUAUAUAUAUAUAUAUAUAUAUAUAUAUAUAUACUGUCUGCGAUAUGUACGAUAGCCUAUAGCAAAGUCUCUAACGAUAGACAUUUUAUUUCGUGGUAACGAUAUCGUCAUAUCGCCCAGCUCUAUUUAUAAAUAUUAAUUGGUGUUGAAAAAACAAAAAAAAAACAACAACAACAAAAAAACAUUGUUUUCUUGUUAUAAGUUAAUCUUUAUCAGUUGAAUGUAGAAUGUCAGUGAGGGUAAAUGAUUUGGCUGAUGGGUUUAUAGUUUCAAACUAUAUGCUUAAAUUCAUUCAUUAAUUAAUGCAAUAUAAAUAAUCUUUGACUGUUUAUUUGAUCAGUUAUCAAGGCCUUCCUGUACAUGUAAUGUGAUCUGCACAACUGAAUUAUAUUGAAUGCUUUUACUUCAAUAAAUGCUAAAUUUCAAUCAAAA